CAUACUACACGUAUAAAAGUUGGGGUCGUUGAAUUUUUUUAUUUUUAUUUUAUAUUGUGGGACUUGGAAAAGUAAUUAGUAGUUAUUCUCAUACUAGAGAUACGUGAUAUCCUCAUAUGGGGAAUGUACUUCAUUUCUGCCUCGCAUUCUACUUGUCUUCGGUAUAUAUUGUUGUUGUUUUGUAAGUUUUUGAGGUUUUUGAUGUAAGAGGUUUGUGGGUUUCGAGGCGGGUUGGGCUUGUUUUGAGCGUUUUGAUGAUUUUAGUUGGCGUUCUGGUUCUGGGUCUGGAUUUUGAUGCUUGCUAAUGGCCGAGAGGUCCAAACUUCGGUUACUUCGUUGCCCUAAGUGUGAAAAUGUCCUACCCGAGCUCCCUGACUAUUCUGUUUACAGUUGUGGUGCUUGUGGUGCUGUUCUCCGAGCGAAGAAGAAAGCACCUGGUAGUGAUGGGUUCUUGGAGAUAUCUGAUAAUAUGUUGGGUAGAGGGGGUUCUGAGAAAUUGGAGGGUUUGUCUGAGAAUGGUGGUGGUAGUUUAGGCAGUGCUUCUGGGACUGAGAGGGAGAAUGAUGGGCUUGAAGUGAAUAUGAAGGAAGAGAGAAUCUUCGGAGAAACAAGGGUCAAUUCGAUUGGUAAUUAUUUAUCAAAAGCCGAGUAUAAAGAGGUUCUGACUGAUAAUGAUGGAAAUGUUAGGGAAGAGGUUAAGGACUCGAGGCUUGGACAAAAUGGUAGAGAGAGAGAAACUAGGUUCCACGGUAGACAUGUGGGAUUGCCCGGAGGCCGGGAAGACUAUUGGGUUCGUGGAGACGGUCAUGAUCAUACGAAUAUGAAUAGGUCCGAGUUCGUUGGUUUGAGUACUGGAGAAAAUUUGGCCUGGCUAAGGGCUUCAACAAAUAGAGAGCGAUUGGGUGUGGAAAGGGAUGGGUUUGGGAGCUUUUACAGAAACCCUAGGGCAGUUGCUUCUCAGAGGGAAUAUCCAACUUUUGCUUAUCCCUACGAGGGACCCUCAAACUAUCAGCCAGACUCAUUUUAUGGCUAUGGCGAGCAGAUCAAGCAUGAUAGUGAUUUUGAUGGGCGUAACGAAGUUGAACAACUAGAAUGUAAUCGAGCUGAACUGCUCAGGAAGUUGGAUAAGUUGAAAGAUCAAGUUUGCAGAUCUCGUUCUGUGGACAAUAAACCGUUGGUCCCUGUUGAUAGGACUCUGCCUGAUCCUAAUGUUGGCUGGGAUGUAUAUAAGGCCCCAGAUAGGCAUCUUCUAAGGCCCCCUUAUUUCAAUCAUACACAUGGAAAUGAGCCUUAUAUGAAUCUUCAUAACAUGGGACCAAUGAAUUCCCAUCCUCCUCCAAGGCAUGUCAUGAAUGAGUUUCCUGUAUAUGAUGAAUCUUAUCAGCCUCAAAUGACAAGGAAGCCUCUCCAUCAACCACUCAGUCAAUACGCACAACGAGAACCUCAUGAAUACUUCCGACGCGAGUACAUGGAAUUCAAUCAAGAUCCAUUCACUUCAUAUCAGCCCAAAACCUUUUAUCACCAGCCUGCAUGCUCUUGUUCACGCUGUCUUGAACAGAGUUGGCAAGUUCCUCCACGAAUUCCAGCCACUGUGUUUGGUAAUAGAAGGAUUCAGCAGGAUUCUAUCAAUUCAAAUUUCUACCAUCGUGACGAACUUGGGCCACAAAGUUACAAUUCUCGAUUUGCUAGUCCUGCUCAGUUGACCUCUAGGGAUCCACUGAUGCAUAAAGUAUGUACCGGUGAACUUGAUUCAGACACUGAUGGUCUUGGUCAUAUUCGUCGGAGACUAGAGGUGGCAGCCCAGGGGAAUAGGUUGUGUUGCCAUCCUGUAGCAGAUGGUGCCCCAUUCAUAACUUGUUAUAAUUGCUUUGAGUUGCUGAAACUGCCUAGAAAACUCAAAACAACAGAGAAGAAUCGACAGAAACUGCGGUGUGGUGGCUGUUCAACUAUAAUAGUGUUUGAAAUUGUGAAUAAGAAACUAAUUAUAUUUGUUCCUGAAGAAACCAAGCAAAUAUCUGCUGAGGCUGAAGACGGUUCUGAAGUAUUAAUAGAAAGCGAUCCAAGUUCUGAUGGUUGUUUGGAUGCUGGCAACAUCCACUCCUGCUUGGUGGAUUUUCAUAAUUCUGGUCAUAACUUAGAUUUGACAGAUAACAGACAGGGUCCCAAGACAUUGUCUAUUUCUUCUUCUCCUGAGGGGUGCCCAGCUACGUUGAUUUUGCAGGGAAAUGUUUCUCACACCACUGAGCAGCCCUUAAAAGAUGACUUGUCUCCAAAACAUUCAGUGAGCAAAUAUGGGCAGGGAAACAAUAGUAAACGUGUGGACCUAGACAAGGAGGCCCUUGCUAGGAUCACUUCUUGUCAAAAUUCUAUCGAAGAUAUGCCAGUGGCAACCGAGCUGGAUGUUUCAUUCAAUGAUUAUCUUAAUACAUGUCUAUCUCAAGACUCUGUGGAGGUAAGCAAGGAGAAAGAUCUACCAAAGACCAACAAAAGUUCUUCAUUCUUUGUGGGUUUUAUCAAGAAGAGCUUUAGAGAAUUCUCAGCGCCUACUCAAAGCCUGGAAAAUGAAAAACUUAAUGUUUCAGUUAAUGGGCAUCCUAUACCAGACUGUCUGGUUAAGAAGGCUGAAAAGCUGGCUGGGCCAAUCCAGUCUGGAGAUUAUUGGUAUGAUCCCCAAGCUGGAUUCUGGGGUGUGAUGGGCCAUACUUGCCUUGGCAUAAUUCCUCCAUUGAUUGAAGAAUUCAACUAUCCCAUGCCAACAAAUUGUGCUGGUGGAAACACAGGUGUCCAUGUGAAUGGGAGAGAGCUUAAUCAGAAAGAUCUAGACCUGCUUGUCAGCAGAGGACUACCACCUACAGGAGAUAAAUUUUAUCUUGUUGAGAUUUCUGGGAGAGUUGUAGAUGAGGACUCUGGCAAGGAAUUAGAUGGCCUGGGCAAACUUGCUCCAACGGUUGAGAAGGCAAAACAUGGAUUUGGCAUGAAAGUUCCCAGAAGGUUCAGGUGAUUUCUGAUUCUGUUGGUUUUGAUGGUUUUAGUCGCGAGUGCUUAAGUUUUCCCCAGCCAAAGUUAUUCAGUUCUAAUGGUUGAUGCAAGAUCAAAAUCUGUUGUAACAUGUAUUUGUAAAAAAACAAGAAAAUCAUCAAAUUACAUAUGUUCUUAUUCAUACAUAUGGAUCUCUUUGUGGGUAAAGCAAAAUACACUGGGCAAAUUGUCAGGUGCA